GCCACAGGGUUCUGCUUGGCCAGCCCCCCACUGCUCCAGGUGUUCGAAACCCAGCUAUUCUCCGGGUGGUGCGGGUGCAGUUCCUCUCCUCUCUUCAAGUUCGGGUGUCCGAGUUGCUCCCGAAAUUCCGCUUCUACACUGCAAGGUAGCAGGAAGGCAGCUAAUUGCAUGGGAUGUUGGAGGGUCAGAGUGGAGCCACACUGAAAAAAAUUGUUUUCCUUGCUGUGCAACCUCCAUUUCCUUCCUCCACGUGCAUAAUCCGGGAGAAGUUCUUCGUGCUUCUGACUGCUAAGUUUGGAAAAGGAACCAGGUGUUUUCAGUUUUCUGACUGCAAUCCUAAUGUAUCAGUGCCGCCGGAAAACCUCACAAAAGCCUAAUCAAGAUCUCUCCGUGGUGCUGAAGCAACCGCCCCAGUUCUGUUUCGUCAAUCGCAGGCACCUCAAUCUUUUGUUUUCAGGCCCCAGAUUCUACCUUGUUGCAAGUGGAGAAAUGGUGGACACACAAACACGCACACACACACGCACCCACGCGCUAGCACCCGGCCUCCCGGCUCUUAGAACUACAUUUCCCACAAAGGUGUACUACAUCUCCCAUGAGCCCUCGGGCGCGCGCAGACGACGCAAAGCGACAGCUUCCUGUGUCGCGAAAAGUUGCGUGGCUGACUACCGGAAGGUGGCGUGGACCUGUAUGGAUUGUUUAUUCUUAUGGUGGUCUUAUCAUGGCUGAAAAUGACAAAGACAAAAUCCAGAUUGCGAAGCUCCUAAAAAGAGUACAAGAACUGGAGAAGGAGGUACAAAGACUUAAAGAAGAACAAGCCAACAACAAGGACUCAAACACCAGAGAAAAUUCCUCAGGAACUAGAAAAGCUAAGCGUUCAUUUGAUUACAGUGCUCAUGGUCGAAGACAUAUAGCCCUAAAGAUAGCCUAUCUGGGCUGGGGAUACCAAGGCUUUGCCAGUCAGGAAAACACAAGCAAUACAAUUGAAGAGAAACUGUUUGAGGCUCUAACUAAGACUCGUCUAGUAGAAAGUAGACAGACAUCUAACUAUCACCGGUGUGGGCGAACAGACAAAGGAGUUAGUGCCUUUGGACAGGUGAUUUCUCUUGACCUUCGUUCUCACUUUCCAAAGGACAGGGAUUCAGAGACUUUUAAUUUAAAAGAUGAAAUUGCUAAAGAGAUCCGUUACACCCACAUUCUCAAUCGAGUGCUCCCUCCAGACAUCCGUGUACUGGCCUGGGCCCCUGUAGAGCCUAGCUUCAGUGCUAGGUUCAGUUGUCUUGAAAGGACUUACCGCUAUUUUUUCCCUCAUGCUGAUUUAGAUAUUGUAACCAUGAAUUAUGCGGCUCAGAAGUAUGUUGGGACCCAUGAUUUCAGGAACUUAUGUAAAAUGGAUGUGGCCAACGGAGUGACUAAUUUUCAGAGGACUAUUCUGUCUGCUCAAGUACAGCGAGUGGGUCAGAAUCUGAGUGAGGAGAGAUGGCAAGAGCCUUUCCAGUUAUGUCAGUUUGAAGUGAUUGGCCAGGCAUUCCUUUAUCAUCAAGUCCGCUGUAUGAUGGCUAUCCUUUUUCUGAUUGGCCAAGGAUUGGAAAAGCCUGAGAUUAUUGAUGAGCUACUGAACAUAGAGAAAAAUCCCCAGAAACCUCAAUAUAGUAUGGCUGUAGAAUUCCCUCUAGUAUUGUAUGACUGUAAAUUUGAAAAUAUCAAGUGGAUCUAUGACCGGGAGGUUCAGGAGUUCAAUGUUAUCCACCUUCAACAACUCUGGGCUAACCACGCUGUUAAAACUCACAUGUUGUAUAGUAUGCUACAAGGACUGGACUCUGUUGCAGUACCCUGUGAGACAGGACCAAAGAUGGAUGGAGUGAUAGAAUGGAGAAAUGUUAAGCCCUCUGUCAUAAAGCAGACCAGUGCCUUUGUAGAAGGAGUGAAAACGCGCACAUAUAAGCCCCUAAUGGAUCGUCCUAAAUGCCAAGGAUUAGAAUCCAGGAUCCAGCAUUUUGUACGCAGGGGACGCAUUGAGCACCCCCAUUCAUUCCAUGAAGAAGAAACAGAACUCAGAAAGGACUGUAAUGACAUGGUAGAGGAAGAAAAUACUAUUUUGGAGAAACCAACAAAGAGAGUCUGUGUUGACACAGAAAUUAAAAGCAUCAUUUAACCAUAGAAAACUCACCUGGAUUUUGGAGGCAACAACUAGCUAGUGGUAGGUGG